AAGAGAGAGGAACUCGUUCCCACCAUGGCACAAGCCACCACCCCCGCCAACGCCGGCCUUCUCACUACCACAGACUCCUUCUUCUCAUCCUUCAAGAAAGACGAUGGGGAAUUGGACAAAAUCUUCAAUUCUUUCAAAGAAUUUGAACAGACGGAAGAAGAACUGCGUCUCAACGAAAUAUCCACAGACAUUUUCAACACCUACAUGUGGGUGAUCUGCGCCAUUGGUAUCCCAGCAAACAUCACGAUCAUCAUCACCAUAGUGGGCAUGCGCGUUCUGAGCCCCGCUACUUUCUUCGUCACCUUAUUGGCUGGCUACGACGGCAUGGCGCUCAUCUCGAAGCUGAUUGGUCACAUCCUAAUUAGGAAUGAAAUCGAGCAAGGGACUGUUCUCUGCAAGCUGGAGUUCUUCCCGAGUUACUUCUCUACUUUGGCCAAUUGGGCUUUGAUCUUGAUUUGUUUUGAGAGGUUCAUCUCUGUCUGCUUCCCUCUGAAGAAGGUUUACCUGCUCACCAAGCGACGCUGCUACAUUGCCGCAGCUGUAGUCUCCGUCGCCCUGCUGCUAAUCUUCACCGGCUUCUUCGCUCUGAUGCGAGAGCCGGCCGGGGACCACAACUGCGGGACCCCGUCCAAAUACACCAAGUUCUGGGCCCACGGCUGGUACUGGAUCAGUGUAUCUCUCUAUCUUUUCCUCCCCUUCCUCGUCAUCACUGGGCUUACCAUCGCCAUCGUCCGCUCGCUCUCACAGGCUCGUAAACACCGAAGAAGUCUCAUGCGGAAAGGAUCCGAAGGCGGUCCAACAUCCGCCGCUGACCAGCGACUCCUCAAAACGACAGAGAAGACGGAAAGGAUGAUUACUAUCAUGCUUAUCAUCGCCUCGGUCGUCUUCCUCAUCCUCAGUCUCCCCGCCUGCAUCUACUUCCUUGGCCACGACAGGGACACGAAAGGAGUUGAGGAAGCUCGUUGGAACCUCUUCUCACAGGUCGCCUAUCUCAUGACCGAUUCAUCGCAUGCUGUCAACUUCUUCUUGUACUUUUUCACCGCCAAGCGCUUCCGCUCCUUCGCCUUCCGGUUGUUCUGUAAGAAGUGUUUGCCUCGGCGCGUGUUCGAGACGUCGGAGGAGAAAGUUCCCUCUCAGUCCACUAAGGUGUCCACUAUCAGCCACCAUGUGGACAACAAGAUAUGACCACUAGCCAUCUGCUGUGUUGGCCGGAAGAGCAAGCCGGGAGUGACCCCUGGAGGUGUGGCAUUAAGCUGUGAUGGCGUCGGAGAGAACGUUCAUCCGAUGAACAUAUUAACAAAUGUAACACUUGAGUGAUGACCUGUUACAUUAUCAUCAUACUUUGUUUAUCCAUUUGGUUUUUUGUUGGCCUGACAGGUUGUUGAAUUCUUAGUCUAGUUGUCAAUAUCAAGUGCACACGUACGCGACCUUUAUCUGAUUCAGCACGAUCUGCAGAAAUUGAACGGUUUGUCUACACAGAUUUUCAUAAAAUGUUUGUGAUUUAGGCAUACACAGAUCCGACCGUUCAAAAUCAAAAGUUUUUGUUACAGGGCUCAUCAUGUGAUUACAAGAAGUUAAAACUGAAUAAAGAACAACCAUUGACGUGUGAAGCCUCUUUUCGCUCGCUUUUGACAAUUUUGUUGAAGCUAAUCAGAGGUUAAGUUUGACAAGUGCGCAGUCGCAAGCCCAUCGUCCAACCCGACCUGAUUCUCCCCCACACAACUAGCUGAGUUAUUAAAGUGACCUUUUAUUGUGUUGAUAAAGUGUUUCUCUUAGCCCAAGCUAAAAUACGAGUCGAAUACUGCUUUUAAAACACCGGAUUCCAUUAAGGUUAGAACGUUGCGUUCUCUAUACUGGCACUAAAUCAAAUGACUGUUGUCGUGUUGAUGGGUUUAUCAUUAUUGAAAUGAAAAAGUACUUCAUGCCUUAUUUUUUCCAUGAUUUAACAAGAUUGCUACGACACACACACACACACACACACACACACACACACACACACACACACACACAUACACACACACACACAUACAUACACACACACACACACACACUCACACUCACACACACACAAUAUAUAUAUAUAUAUAUAUCUUCGAUUCCUAUGUUGGAAAGCCUGUUUCAUCGAGUGUCCCUGUCUUUCUGCCUGCUGGAAUGAAUAUUAAUAUCUAAAUUGCGUCUAUGGCAGCCUAAAGAAGCCAGCAAAAACAAAUGCAAAAUGAAGUUGGCUUUUACCAAAGAUCUUUGCUGUUUCACAAGUCUACUAUGGCGAACCAAAGGCCACAUUAGGGGCACCCUGUUAGCUCAGAUGUUUUCAUGCUGGGCUACGGAGCGGGCGGGUGGCCCUGAUUCGAUUCCAAGACUGGGCGUUCUUGAUCUCUGGUCGUUUUGUGGAGUUUUCAAGGCUCUCAACCAAAUUGGUUUGGCCCUAUCGGAGGCGGAUGCUAGAUUCGGGGGUCCCACGACUUUAAUAACCUAAUAGUGUUGAGAGGGGCGUUAAACACUUACACUUACUUACAACCAAUCUGACUACUGCUCUCGAUGCUUGAAGGCUUAAUUAAAGAAAGGAAAAUCCGCUAGAAUCCAUUCAGAAGUAUCCUAAAGAAAGUGGAAAUAGGGGGUUUGAAAAAAUGCAGAGGUUGGAUUUGGGGUUGGGGGGGGGUGAGGACUUGUUUCUUUAACAAUACAGCGUACUUACACUUUAUGUGAGUACACAAGUGAUAUGAUAUGGCUUUAAAGCUCUCUGCCAAUGUGAUCUGUGAAUGAUAUUUAACUAAUGCAUCAACGGGAAUGAAUGCAUAGUGCACGUGUCAUGUUCAUAUAUGUUGUGUUAUUAUAUAUAUACAUGAUAGGAACUGUAAUUAUCAUAUAUUUUUGUUUUGUUUUUUAAGCUUACACAGGAUAGUAGUCAUUUCCACCACAGUCAUCUUUUUUCAUAACCCUUGCAAAAAUCAUCAAGAUCAUGAACAAGCUUCAUCAUCGUCUCAGCCACCAUCUUUAUCACCAUCAUCGUCUUCGUAACCAUUAGUAUCAUCUGUGUCACCAUAACCAUCAUCAUCACCAUGAUUACCAUAACAUAGUAAUCGUUGUCCUCAACAUUAUCAUUUUCAUCAUCGUCUACAACAUUAACAUGAUUGUAAUAAUUAAUUUCAUUACUGUUGCCAUUAAUGACCGUCCUCAUUUUUUAUCAACAAAUGUUCAAAGAUUUCAUAAUAAACUUCACCAUAGUUGGUACCAGUAUUAAUACAUUAUUUAUAUGAUAUUAAUAUUUAUCUUUUUAUCUAUUUAAAAUGUUCUACAUCAUUUCAUCCAAUGUUGUCUAUGUACUGUUACCAAAAUGAAUUACUUUCUUUACAGAGUCUUGUCUCAAUUUCUUACAAAUAAAAAAGAAAUAAGUGGCCGAUGGUGAAUCAAAACAUA